UGGGGAAAAGAAAGUCGCGUUCGGAAACCCCUACUCUGUGCAGUGCGCGUGUGUAAUAGCUCAAUUCGCCUUUGCACAACUUCUAAACGCGAUUAAAAAAAAUAUUUUGCAAAGGAUAAAUAUACAAAACUUUCCACUCUUUUCAUAACAGAUUGUAGUUUUGGGAACAGAAAACUGUAUUGAGAUCAAAUGAUUCAUCGAUGAGAAAAUGUGCAAAAUGUCGGACAAAAUCCAUCUCGUUCCAUCUUCUCCCACUGCCCGCCAUCGGGCUUCCUCUGAAAACGCCAAGUAGAUGAUUCACAUUUAUACAUCCAGUGAAAUGUCUGUCUCAUUGUUCUUUGGUAAAAAUGUUCAUAUUUUUGUUGUUGUGCAGCUCAACUUUUAUGGUGCAUUACCGCCAUCUAUCGUUCUGGAAUUGUCGUUUGUUGCUUAACUAAUAUUCUGUGUUUAGAUAUAAUUGAGUAAGUGUAACGGAUGUGAAACGGCUAUCUUAGUUAGCGGGGCGCGCUAAAUAGCGUUUCAAUCGGUGACGCCACUUGCUCUGAGACCUUGAAGUAGUUGUUCCCCUUGCUCUGCAAGGGCCGCGGCUUUUGUGGAGCGAUGGCUAACGACGCUUCGAGGGUGACUGUUGUUGAUGUGUGCAGAAGGUCCCCGGGUAUGGGCGAGGGGACGGUUUAAAAUUAUACUGUUAAAUUGAUGCUGUUGACCCGGAUCACUGGUUGCUGCGAAAAAGGAGGAAGGUCAAAAGGGGGUGUGAGCAAGCAACUGAGCAUGCCGUUUGUGGAAUUCAUAGCAGGAUGCCUCUCAGGAGCAGUAGGGUUGGCUUUUGGUCAUCCAAUGGACACAGUGAAGGUGCGUCUGCAGACCCAGGUUAAAUACAAGGGGAUUUGUGACUGUGUGGCUAGGACAUACACUCAUGAAGGGAUCCCUGGGUUCUUCAAGGGCAUGACAUUUCCUGUCCUGACUACUGGCAUCACCAACGCUGUGGUCUUUGGUUCCUAUAGCAAUGCUUUAGACAGCCUCACCCAGUCCCAACGGAAUGACCGAAUCCAAGGCAACCCUGCCUCGGCAUCAGCUGUCUUCGCAGCUGGCUGUUUCUCAGGUCUGGCACAGGUGGUGGUUACUGCGCCUGUUGACCUGGUGAAGGUACGCUUGCAGUCCCAGACCAAGGGCUGGGCUGGGGUCGGUGGUGACGGGUAUCGAGGUCCCAUUCACUGUGUGACUGUCAUCCUGAGGGAGGAGGGGCCAAGGGGAUUGUUUCGAGGGGGGUUGGCUCUUACCCUGAGAGACGUACCCUGCUAUGGAAUCUACUUCUUGCCUUACGAAAUCACCUGCAGGUUUCUGACUGAAGAAGGCAAACGGCCAGGCACAUUUGCAGUAUUGAUAGCGGGUGGGGUGGCAGGCGUGGUGACGUGGGCCUUUGCCACGCCCAUGGAUGUGAUGAAAGCGCGGCUGCAGAUGUCCGGUGCUGGGGGCCGGGUGUACAAGGGGGUCCUGCACUGCAUGAGUGUGAGUCUGAAGGAGGAGGGGGUGAGAGUGUUCUUUAAGGGGCUCCUCCUGAACAGCCUGAGGGCCUUCCCUGUCAACGCCAUCACCUUCCUCAGCUAUGAGAGCCUGAUGCGUUUCCUCACCCGGCCGUCUGCAGACUGACCACAAGACUAUAUGCAUCUCCUGGAUAUACUCCGGUCGGACCAAAUGAUGGAAAGAAUAGCAACACAGGAUGGGCAAACCAUUAUGUGAAAUGAACUGGUAUAUACAGUAUACAUUAGCAUGCUAUACUCAGAAUUGUAUCUGCUAAACUGGAGUUUCACACUUUGUUAUCCUCAAUGUGGGCACUCAGACAGGGCUCAUGAUGCUGUUUCAGUAGGACACAGUGCUGUGAUAUCAUAGGGUGUCACCAUACUUAUGGAUGCAAACUGUCAAACAGCAUCACCUCUCACAGAGCUAUGAUACCAUCAGUAUUUUAUAUCAUGAGACAACAAAACCUUGAAUAUGAAAACACCUGGAAACCAAAUGUUUAUACCAAGACAUGGUGUAUUUAUGUACUGGUAUACUGUUAUACUGUAUGAACUUCAUAGCCUUCAUUUAUAAUAACUUUUUAAUAAACAAAAUGUGAAGCAAAUGGGAAUGUAGUUGGUUUAUUGCUGACAACCAAUCCUCAAUUCAAAUCAACUUUUUUAGUUAAAUAAACCCCCUUCCCCAAAAUGUAAACAUUUAGUAAAAUUAUGCAUAUUUUACUUAUUGCAUAAGUCAAUGUAUUCACCCCUUUGGAUUUAUUCACAUUUUGUUGAUUGACAAAGUGGGAUUGAAAUGGAUUUAGUUGUGAUUUGUCAUUGAGCAUCACAGAAUACCAAAGUGAAUAGGAUUUCAAAUUUUAACAUAUAAUAACAGUUGUUGCAAAACUAUUCAGCCCUUUUGUUUAGAGAAGCCUAAAUUAGUUCAGGAGUCAAAUGCGGCUUAACAAAUCACAAGUUACAUGGACUCACUGUGUGAAAUAAUAGGGGUUGACAUUUCUUUUAAUGACUACCUCUUCCUCUGUCCCCAAUACAUACAUUGAACUACAAAGACUAGACAGCUUUUCAAAAGCCUCAGAGAAGGGCAGUGAUUGGUAGAUAGAUUAAAUAUCUGAUCUGGUAUUGUGUUAAGGGAAUUUUUAUCAAUGAUGACUAAUUAUGUAUACAUUUCAAUCAGGACUGACUAGUCCAAAUGCUAUUAUGUACUGUACAUAUAUGAAUUCUCUCUCUUGCUCCCAUUCCCAAUUGUAUAUAAUAUAGUCAGGAGUUUAGAACAAUGCCUUGGUACAAAUGGAUGAACUCUCUCUACACUGACUGACUGACCUUGGCUACAGGCGAGGAGGGAAGGCUCGAAAACUAUAGGGCCUCUCUACCGGUAUCAUGAAGAGAUAGAACAUUUAGAAAAUGCUGACGUCAUUUUCAGUUUAUAACCUGUGGAAAAAUGUGUAUAUACCAGUACUCUCUUGAAUUAAACGCUGUUACCUGACUUUUAA